UUGAAAUAACUUAGAACUAUAGAGAAAAAUAAUCAAGAAAGGUGAGUCCAGCAAGAGAUUUGAUGCUUCUUGUUUUAUGCUUUCUCUUUGUGUGCCUUCUAUUAGCUCUGAUCAAGAUAUCCAACAAGCUAUGGUGGUCCCCAACUCGUCUACAGCAUCUGAUGCGUUUGCGAGGAAUCAAAGGCCCUUCUUACAGAUUCAUCCAUGGAAGCACCAAAGAAAUCUUGACCAUGCAAAAGGAAGCCAUGGCCAGACCUAUGCCAUGUUUAUCACAUGACAUAUUUCCUAAACUUCAGCCUCAUAUCCACUAUUGGACCAACUUAUAUGGAAAGAACUUUCUUCAGUGGGAUGGUCCUCAAGCUCAAUUGGUUAUAACAGAAGCUGAGUUGAUCAAAGAGGUACUGAAUGACAGAGAUGGAGUGUAUUCCAAAGGCAAGGGAAAAGCCUUUUUUAAGAAGUUAUUAGGAGAUGGACUUGUUAUAUCUCAAGGUGAAAAGUGGGCAAAAGUGAGGAAACUUGCUAACCAUGCCUUCCAUGCAGAGAGCCUUAAAAGGAUGAUUCCAGCAAUGAUUGAGGGAGUUGAAAGCAUGUUAGAGAGAUGGAAGCAUCUAGAGGGAAAAGAGAUUGAGGUGUAUGAAGAAUUUAGGUUCUUAAUGUCAGAGGUGAUUUCAAGGACAGCUUUUGGGAGUAGUUACUUGGAAGGGAAAAACAUUUUUGAGAUGUUGAUGAAGUUGGCCUUAUUGGCAUCCAGAAAUUUCUACGAACAAACCUUUCCUGUCAUCAGUACAGUUUUUAAAACUGAAGAUCAGAUAGAAUCAGAGAGGCUUGAGAAAAGAUUACGCGAAUCCAUUGUCGGGUUGAUCAAGAAAAGAGAAGAGAAAGUGGUGAUCAGUGGAGAGGAGGACAACUUUGGAAGUGAUUUUCUUGGAUUACUUGUAAAAGCUCGUCAUGAUGUCAAUGAGAACCAGAGAUUUUCAGUAGAUGAUGUGGUUGAUGAGUGCAAGACAUUCUAUUUUACUGGGCAAGAAACCACUAACAGUUUGCUUGCUUGGACUGUGCUUUUGUUGGCAAUCCAUACUGAAUGGCAAGAGGAAGCGAGGAAGGAGGUUAACAAUCUAUUGGGAAAGCAAAAUCCAAAACCAGAUGACUUAAUCCAACUUAAAACUGUAAGCCUGAUCAUCAACGAGUCUCUUAGACUUUAUCCCCCGGUAGUUAGCAUGUCAAGAAAAGUGGAAAGGGAAGUGAGAUUGGGAGAGCUCAAUCUUCCAGCUAACAUGAGCUUGUUCAUCUCAAACCUGGCAGUUCAUCACGACCCUCAAAUAUGGGGAGAAGAUGUGCAUCUUUUCAAACCAGAGAGAUUCUCUCCAGGAGUUUUUAAAGCUACUAAGAACAACAUUGCCGCAUUUGUACCCUUUGGAUUUGGACCCCGAAACUGCGUUGGGUCUAACUUCGCCAUCAUGCAAGCAAAGAUCGCUCUCGCGAUGAUUCUGCAGCGCUACACAGUCACUCUGUCACCGGCAUAUGUUCACUCGCCUGUUCAGGUUCUUACGAAUCGCCCACAAUAUGGAGUUCAAGUAAUGUUACACCCACAUUUUGAAGCCUAGAGUUUGCCUGUGGCAGAUAUCUAGCAAGAGUGAAAUUGCAAACAUUGUACCACCAAUUAUUUUUUGAACUUUGUUUUGUUUUAGUUGUUUUCUACUUUGCUUGCUUUAGCUUAUUUUCAUUACAUCUGCUUAUUGCUAUAUAUAUUGGAAAUCAUAGAAGGCUCUCCCUUAUUUAAA